AUGUAUCCACCAUUUACAUUUUAUGACAUUGUAAAAAAUUGUGAUUGUUACCCAUAUCCAAAUGAGUUAGUCAAUGAUUCCGAUAAUAAAUAUAAAAACGUAGUUCCACUUAUUUUUGAAACAACUAAAUUAGGCUUAAUUUUACCAUCAAUAAUACCAACAUUAAAAGAAUAUAACGAUAAACAAAACCCAAAACCUUUCUCAAUUCAGUAUGAUGAUGAUGCAGGUUCUUCAAAUUAUGUAAAAUUUCGACCUCAUUUAAAUACUUUUGAAAAAAGAACUGAAGCUGUUCAAAAACUUUUUGAACAAUGGAGGCAAGAAAAAAAAAUUAAGCGGUUGGAAGGCUGGAGGAAUGAAUUAUAUCCAGUUUAUGGAGACAAUGGCGAAGUUGCAUUUUUAAUUGAACGUAGUGCUUCACCAUUGUUUGGUGUGGUAACAUAUGGAAUACACUUGUCUGCAUAUUUAAAAACCAAAGAUGACAACAACAAUAAUAAAAUUAAAAUGUGGAUUGCAAAACGAUCCUCAACAAAACAAACAUGGCCAGGUAUGUUGGAUAAUACGGUUGCAGGUGGUUUGCCAUAUAAAAUGUCAUUACAAGAAUGUGUUAUCAAAGAAGCAAUUGAAGAAGCUAGUCUUGAAAGAAACAUUGCAGAAAAAGCUAAACCUGUUGGCGCAAUUAGUUAUUUUAUAUCUAGUGAUGAUGGAUAUGUUUAUGACCUUGAAUUGCCAGAAGAUGUUGUACCUAAGCCACUUGAUGGUGAAGUUGAUAUAGAUGGUGAACUUGGUGGGGAAGUAAUGGUUGAUACUGUUGAUGUUUGUCAUGAUGUUAUUGACAUAUCCAAAGAUGAUAAAAUACUUGACAUAAUUUCCAUUGAAUCAUCAAUAGUAGCAAAUGGUUUUUGUAUAAGCCUGAUUCUUUUUGCAUGGUGUGGACCUUUAAUGAAUCAUCAACGAUAUCAAUUGUAA